AUGGCCACGGAACAGGUCAAUGCCUGGAUGAUCCUGUGUGUGUUUGCUGGAUCCCAGAGGCUGACAGAUGAACAUCUUUACAGCAGGGAUGGUGCCGGCGCCAACACUCCCCAUCGCAGACCAGAGGAUGCUAACAUCAUUUUAGAGAUGCUGUGGGGAGGGCUGGAUAUUCAGGCCAAUGGGACAGUCCGGCUGCAGGAUGAAGAGCUGGCCUCUCUGCGCCCGGCACGGUGGUUCAUGCACAUUUUUGAGGAGGAAGUUCCCAAAACACCAGCAGAGAUUGAGCAGCAUCUGAGCUACUAUUCACUGACUGACACCCCCUUACCUCCAUUGGGGUUUGACCGCCUGCUUUUCACCAAUGUUUACUGUGCCUAUCAGGUUCGCUCCACGCAGGGUCUGGAUAAAAAUCUCUGGAUUAGCUUUUUCUCUCAGCUGGUCGAUGAAAUCUUUCGUGACCUGUGCAAGGGGCUCUGCCCUGUGAAUACCACCCUGCUCCUGGCUUCCUGGCCCUGGAAGGAGAAACCUUCACAUUUAGCAUCCCUGAAACAUUUCUAUCAUUCUAACCUGGCCAGGACCAAGAGAGACACUUAAUACAGGAAAUUACCAUAGGAAAGGACACACCUGACUUCAGCUGCAUCCUUGGUUAUGUUGGAUGGUUUCCACACUAUUCAGGACUUUGUACAAAUACAUCACACCUUGUUGUCCUGCG